AUGAAGCUCAACAGUGCCAUUGUCGGUCUGCCAAACGUCGGCAAGAGCACCCUGUUCAACGCGCUCGUGGAAAACGCUACGGCCCAAGCGGCGAACUUUCCCUUCUGCACAAUUGAGCCCAAUGUCGGGAUCGCCGUCGUGCCGGAUACCCUCGCCGGCGCCGCCGACGGCGAAGGCCUUGGGAACAAGUUUCUUGCCAACAUCCGCGAGUGCGACGCCAUCGUUCACGUCGUGCGCUGCUUUGAGGAUGACGAUGUCAUUCAUGUGUCGGGUUCUGUUGACCCAUUACGCGAUAUUGAGGUGAUUAACCUAGAGCUCACGCUCGCAGAUAUGGCCCAGGUCGAGAAGCGAGUAACUCGCGCCAAGGUGAAGCGAAGCGGAAAGAGCGACGUCGAUCCCAACGAAAUCACCGCCCUGGAGAAGCUGCUACCCGCCCUCAACGACGGCCGCAGCGCCCGCUCGGUCGACUUGUCGGAAGAUGAAGUGGCCGCGGUAAAGCAUCUCGGCUUGCUAACGUUGAAACCGGUCAUCUAUGCUGCCAAUGUUGCGGAUUCCGAUUUAGCCGACGGGAAUUCCUUUGUUGAGCAGGUGCAGAAACAUGCCGAGGAUAGUCGAGCAAAGGUCGUUAUCGUUUCCGCCCAAGUCGAGUCGGAGCUCGUGUCACUCGACGCCGGGGAGCGGAUCGAGUUUCUUGAAUCACUGGGCGUGACAGAAGAGGGCACUGGCUUGCGGGCGUUACGGAGACUAUUAGUUACGAUGUUUUGCGUGAACUGGGCAGUGAAAAGGUUGCCAAGGAGAAAGGGCUUCUCCGAUCCGAAGGGAAGGAAUAUGUUGUGA